UUGUUUACUCUUAUAUAUCUCUCUCUACCUUUUGCUCUGUCUUUCUUAAACCAAACCUAUUUUGCUUUCUUCUUUUGCAAGAAUGAAACCUCUACUUCUUCAUCAUCCAUCUUCUUCUACUGUUCUUUCCUUUUUCUCCUUCACACUUUUGUUGAUCUCAAUCAUCAAUAUUCCAACGUGUAUGUGCGACGAUGGUGACCAAUACAAUAACUGCAAAGAUGCUUUUACAUGCAAAGGAAGCAGUAUCUCAAACAGCCUCAUGUAUCCCUUCUGGGGAGAAAACAGAGAAGAGUAUUGUGGUGUUUCUGCUGAUUCUAACACAGAGCUCACAUGCGAAGAAAGUGUUCCAAAGAUAACAAUCAAUAGCGUCAAAUACCGUAUUCUUAAUUGGGUCAAUACAACACAAAAACUCACAGUUGCUAGGGAUGAUUACUGGGGUGGUAUUUGUGCUGUGAGUGUGAGUGACAAGAAUAAGAUCAGUAGCACAUUCGAUGAUACGGUGUUUCAACGUGAUGGUGAUGUUCCUUCUCAAUUAAGUUUGUUAUACAAUUGCGAUACAAAUCAACCCAGUGGUAUGUAUAGUAUUAACUGCAAUAAUACUAAAGUCGUGUACACCCUUUCCGGUCCUGCUUCGGUCGAAUGUAAUCCAACUGUUAUUGUUGAGUUUCCAAUUAUGGUAAACCAAGCUGUAGGAAUUGCAACUGCGAAUGCUAUAAACCAAACAUUACGAGGCGGUUUCGAUUUGACAUGGACUGGAAAUUAUGGAGAGUGUCUAGGGUGUGUUGCUACUGGUGGAGCGUGUGGCAACGAUGGAGGAACUGGAUUUAGAUGUUUCUGCAGAGAUGGAGCUUAUAUAACUGAUUGUCAUUCAAAAAAGGCACCAUCCUCAAGUAUCUCUUCAUUUGAUUGUGCAAAUCUAAAAAACUUGAGUUACCCUUUUUGGGGAUCAAGUAGACCUCAAUAUUGUGGCCACCCUUCUUUUGAGCUACAAUGCAAAGAUGAAUUUGCAAGCAUUACCAUUAUGUCACAAAGUUAUAGAAUUCUUGAAGUCAUUGAUUCUGAUCACAGACUCAAAGUUGUGAGAACUGAUUAUUGGAACAAUAUUUGUCCCACCGAUCUUAUGAACACUACUGUAGGUUCCACUUUCUUCAAUUACGGUUCGGAUACUCGGAACUUGACAAUCUACUAUGAUUGUCCUUAUUCACCAUUUCCUAUACCAGAUAGCUUUUCUCCUCGGUUUAAUUGUAGUAUAAAUGGAACUCAAAUGGUUAACUAUUUUAUGUUGGAGAGUGUUCUUGAGAAUGGUGAGGGUUCAGUUUCGUUAAGUAAAACAUUGGGAACAUGCAAAUCUAGAGUGAUGGUUCCAAUUUUGGACUCAGAAGCCGAAAGGGUAGUGACAAAUUCAAGUGUAGAAAAUUUGAAGGAUGUUAUUGAUAAUGGUUUUGAAGUGGAGUGGAAUGCAAAUAAUAGUUUGUGUCAUGAGUGUCAAAGCUCUGGUGGACACUGUGGUUAUGAUCUAAGCUCAAAGGAUUUCACUUGCUUUUGUAAGGAUGGAUCCUUUCCACAUUCAUGUAGAUCAGGUGAACAAACUAUGUUGUCUUUGUCCCUCUCUUCUCCCACCAUCAUCAUCAUCAUCAUCAUCUUCUCAAUCUUCAUCUUCUCUCUCCAUCAUACAACGUCCUUACCUUCUCAUGCAUCACUCUCUAUCUGCAACAACACCACCUUCAACUGUGGCACCAUCACCAACCUUUCCUACCCUUUCACCGGCGGUGACCGUCCUUCCUUCUGUGGGCCACCACAGUUUCAUCUAAACUGCCAAAACAACGUUCCAGAGUUGAAUAUUUCCUCAGUAAGUUACCGAGUUCUUCAAAUAAACUCAGCAACUCAUUCUCUCACCUUAGCAAGAUCAGACCUUUGGAACCAAACAUGUACCCAUCAAUAUAUUAAUUCAUCUUUUGAUGGAACUAGCUUUAGCUACGGUUUGGGAAACAGUGACCUUACUCUGUUUUAUGGGUGCAAACCCACUUCGGUAUUCACCGAAAAGCCGCAUAAUUUGUUUUACUGCAAUAGUAAUGGAGAUAAGAACAAUUCAUAUUCUUUGAUUGGCCCAUUUCCUUUAGACCCAAUUCUUAGUGUUGUUGAAUGUGAUGAAGGUGUUCGUGUGCCAAUUCUUGAAGUGCAAGCUAAUAGAUUAGUACGAAAUCGUUCUUUGCUUAUAGAGGUUUUGAUGAAAGGGUUUAAUGUUAAUUAUAGCUAUCCUUUUGAUGAUGAUUGUAAUGAAUGUAUUGGUUCUGGUGGUCAACAAUGUGGGUUUGAUUAUGAUGACAAUGAACCUAUUUGUAUUUGUGGUAAUGGGUUGUGUCCAUCUUCAGGUAAAAAUUCUAACACAGGCAUUAUAAUAGGCGCAGUUGCAGGAGUUGCAGCUCUUGUUUGUAUUCUUGGUGCAUGCUUUCUGGUUCGGCGAAGGAAGAAAAAAGCUGAGAAAUCAAGAAGCAUUGACGUCUUCAUGCCUCCUUCAAGCAGUGGCACUGGCACUCUAACAUCUACUACUAAUUCCUCUCAGAGUAUUCCUUCUUAUCCAUCUUCCAAAUCUGGAAGAGUGCCGCAGAAGAGUUUCUACUUUGGUGUUCAGGUAUUUACCUAUGAAGAACUAGAAGAAGCUACCGACAAUUUCCACACUACUAAAGAAAUUGGAGAGGGAGGUUUUGGAACUGUUUACAAAGGCGAACUCAAAGACGGACGUGUGGUUGCGGUGAAACGCCAUUACGAAAGCAACUUUAAACGUGUGGAGCAAUUCAUGAAUGAAGUUGAGAUUCUAGCACACUUAAGGCAUAAGAACUUGGUGACACUCUUUGGAUGUACCUCUAGAUCUAGCAGAGAGCUUCUCCUUGUUUAUGAAUACAUACCGAACGGAACAGUGGCUGAUCAUCUUCACGGGAAACGGUCGAGCUCGGCUAUGAUUACUUGGCCUGUAAGAUUGAACAUUGCAGUAGAAACAGCUGAGGCAUUAGCCUACCUCCACAAAAAAGAUGUCAUACACCGCGAUGUUAAAUCCAACAACAUUCUCCUAGACGAAAAGUUUCAUGUUAAGGUUGCUGAUUUUGGUCUCUCAAGGCUGUUUCCGACCGACGUCACACAUGUAUCAACUGCUCCACAAGGAACACCUGGUUAUGUUGAUCCCGAGUAUUAUCAGUGUUACCAACUCACUGACAAGAGCGAUGUUUAUAGCUUUGGCGUACUCUUAGUCGAGCUUAUAUCAUCAUUACAAGCUGUGGAUAUUACCAGGCAUCGCAACGACGUGAACUUAGCAAACAUGGCUGUCAAUAAAAUUCAAAGCCAAGAACUGAAUGAGUUGGUUGAUCCUGAACUUGGAUAUGAAAAAGACGAUUCUGUGAGAAGAAUGACAACGGCUGUGGCUGAAUUAGCAUUUAGGUGUUUGCAGCAACAAAAAGACAUGAGACCUUCAAUGGAUGAGGUGUUGGAGAUUUUGAAAGCAAUCAAGAGUGAUGAACUUGAAACACAUGAUUCAAAAGUAUUAGAUGUUGUUGUUAGAACAGAUGAACUUGUACUUCUGAAGAAGGGUCCUUAUCCAACUUCACCAGAUUCUGUUGCUGACAAAUGGGUUAGCGGCUCUUCUACAUCUACUACUACCUCAUACUCAUAGAUUCUAUGAUUUCCUUUUUGUUUUGACAAGGGGGAUGCUAAGAUGAAGAGGUUAAACCACACAUGUGACACAGCCAGAGUUGUUGGUCAGGAUUCAGAUAUACUCUCGUGGAGUUCAGGUUCCCUCCAUUUAUUUUCUCUCCAUUUAUUCUCCAUUUAGAGAGAGAUAGACACAUGAAAAAAUUAGUGGGGUCCACAAAUUAGUGGGACUCACUUUUAAUAGGUCCCACUAAUUCUUAAUGUGUCUAUCUCUCUCCAAAUGGAGAAUAAAUGGAGGGAUAAUAAAUGGAGAGAACCUGAACUCCUUUUGUAGGUGAAUUUUGUAUGAUACUGUAUUUGAUACAUAUCCACAUGCAUCAAGUGGUGAAUAUUUAGGACAUGUUAUUUGUUAUUCAGCUCAUCUUGUACAGUUGUAUACUUGUAUUAAUUGCUGAACAAAACAGAGGAUCUUGCUGAUCAUAAUUAGUUCAAAUAGGUGUUAAUAUGAUUAUGGAGUAUAAUUGUCAGUAAAAAAAAUAAAUAAAUAAAUUUUGUAUACAAUUGAUAUCUGAGUUUUGAAUUGGAA